AUGCAGCAGUACUUCCCACAGCCACCGAAGAAGGCGUACAGAGACAGAACGUUCACGGGCACAGACGAGCAGUACGAGAAGCUUCUAUCGACAACAUGCACGCUGUACAUCGGGAACCUGCCGCUUUCGACGACGGAGGAGCGUUUGUGGACGGUUUUUGGCGACGUGCCUGUGCGCCGUGUGAUAAUGGGCGUGAACAGGAACAACCGGCUGUUCUGCGGGUUCGCAUUUGUUGAGUUCUACAGCCAUGCCAACUGUGCCAGGGCGUGUGUGGCAAGCGCAAGCAUGGUGAUCGAUGGAAAAAGCGUGUGGGUAGACAUGGACUACGGAUUUGCAGAGGGAAGACAGUGGGGACGAGGGUUUGCGGGCGGCAGUUUCAAAGGCGACAUGAGGAAGCGGGGACGGAUGAAGACGAGCGGAGGGCGGUACCACGAGGGCGCGAGAAAACGAUCCGAUGAGGAGGGACAGAGACGGCGUAUCGAGAGCAGAAAAGGAGGAGAGCCGUUCGAUGAGCGGAAGAGGAGGGCGGAUGAAGAAAGAGGUGGGCAGUGCUAUGACGAGGGCAAGCGCAGAAGGCGCUAG